CAGGGACGUAAGCCGUUCGUCCAAUCAGGUGAAGAGCCUGAAGCUCCGGAAAGAAGCAGAUGAUAUGGCAGCUUUGAGAGCGACCAGGUGGAACUUGCUUUGUUAACAUGGCUGAACGUUUGAUUAUGAAACCCCUCUGACUCUGAGACGGCAGCGGCUCACAAUGAUUUACUUAAUAUUGAUUUCCGCGUUCACUGGAGCGCUCGUUACGUUGAUACUACAGUUCUUGCUGAUAUACCGGAGAAACCCCGAGCCCACAGGCAGGACAGAACAGUAUGUCAAAGUAGUGCCUGAUAACGCAUUGAAGGAUUACUUUAAUACCCAACAUGCCGAACCAGGCCAGCAGCAGCAGGACAGCUCAGCAUCUGCUGCAUCCAAACAGCAAGAGGCCGUCUCAGGCCGGCAGCAGGAAGCGGCUGUCAGCGGCGGCAGCCCCAAACAGCCGCCACCGCCUUCCCAAAGCGAGCCCGCUGAUGCAGACAAACCUGAAACGUGCCAUUUCCUAAACGCUAUAUUUUUGUUCCUAUUCAGAGAGCUCCGGGACACCCCUGUGGUCAGACACUGGCUCACCAAAAAGAUCAAGGUGGAGUUUGAGGAGCUGCUGCAGACCAAGACAGCAGGACGGCUCCUGGAGGGACUCAGUCUCAGGGACAUUUCCCUGGGCAAUUCUCUGCCGGUCUUUAAAACGGCCAAACUUAUGAAGCCGGUGCAUUUGAACGAGGACGGUAUGCCCGAGGAGCUCAACUUUGAGGUGGACAUCGAGUACAAUGGCGGCUUUCACCUCGCCAUCGACGUAGAGCUGGUGUUUGGGAAGUCCGCUUACCUGUUCGUUAAGAUGAGGCGCGUGGUGGGCAGGCUGAGGCUGCAGUUCACGCGCAUGCCCUUCUCCCAUUGGUCCUUCUCCUUCCUCGAGGACCCGCUGGUAGAUUUUGAGGCGAAGUCACAGUUCGAAGGAAGGCCGCUGCCUCAGCUAACCUCCAUCAUAGUUAACCAGCUCAAACGGGUCAUCAAAAAGAAACACACCUUACCGAACUACAAAAUCAGACUGUUCAUACUGGGCUCUUAUGACAGAGAAACCUAUGUUCACUGCACGCUGGAGCUGAGCAGCCACCAGUGGAAGGAGAAGACUCGCAGCUCCAUCAAGCGGACUGAGGUUAUCAAGGGGCCAUGUGGCAGUGUGGGGAUGACGUUCAGACAUGUCCCUGCCAGCGAAGGGGAUGCAGUGCACGUCAGCAUCGAGACUGUGACGCCUAACUCCCCUGCAGCCAUGGCAGACCUGCAGAAGGGUGACCGCCUCAUUGCCAUCGGAGGUGUCAAAGUGACAUCCUCGGUUCAAGUGCCCAAACUGUUGAAGCAGGCUGGAGACAGAGUGGUGGUACUUUAUGAGAGACCAGUACGUCACCAGACUUACUCUUUUGGAAGCCUGGGCACUCUUCAGGAAGGUUUUGGGCAGCUAGAGGAAACAGGUUUUAUUUCUCAGUCAGGGGGUUAUGAGGAAGACCCUGCUCCAAUCACCACCAUUUCUGACAUACCUGACAACAAAGACAUGGAUUCUGAGUUUGAAGAGUUGAUUGUGGACUCCAAACCUAGCCAGAGUGGUGGUCCUAACAGCAGUACCACUAAUACCAGUGACACUAAGGAGGAUUCCUUACUAACAGUAAACCAAAGCCCCAAAAGGACUGUGGCCAACUUGGCCUCUAAGCCCCUUGGUACGAUAUCCCCUAUCCUCAACCGCAAGUUAAACCUGGUGGGUCUCCAGUCACCGUUAAAGCCCCAGCCCAAAGAAUCACCAAAGCCGUCACCACAUAAGACCACUAGUGAUCCUGGGGAAGGUCUGCAACGCCCCACCAUCCCUCCCCCACCUCCUCCUUCUCGACCCCCAGUACCGCCAAGACCUCAGAUAAGGUUGACAUCAGCCUCCUCAGAAACCAGUCUUUUGGAAGGCGUUGAUUCUGUUACAACUACAAAUACUACUGUUGGUCCUACCGUGACUACCACCAUCAGCACUUCUGAAAAAUCUCCAGAAAAAACUCCUCUCACUGGAACCAAUGGGGAUAAGGCUGGCACCGAGAAGAUAUGUGUGAAACAGGCUGAGGUGAAACAGUCUACCCGGCCAGCAGAGUCCAGUGAUGAGCUGCCAGUCCCUUCUGCUGUGACUAGCAGCAGCAAGACUGAUCAAGCAAAGGACAAAAUUUCAGAAAGCUCCUGCAGCACACGGGACAGUCUAGAGGAUCACUCCCUCUGGGAAUCCCCAGAAACCAUGUUUCGUAACCAGACAGCACGCUGGCCCAAGGCCUCUGUGGUGUUUGAGGUGGAGAGCAACCAUAAGUAUCUUAAUGUGGCCCUGUGGUGCAAAGAUCCCUUUAAGCUGGGCAGUUUGUUCUGCCUGGGUCACGUCAGCCUCCAGCUAGAGCAUUUAGCCCUGGAAUGUAUGGCCACGUCAUCAGCCGAGUACCAGAGCACCUUUAGGUUGGGGCCUCCAGAGCCCAGAGCUAACGUCAGCCGCACUGCACUACGCAGCCUCAGCACCCACAAGGGCUUCAAUGAGAAGCUGUGUUACGGAGAUGUUACUCUGAAUUUCUGUUACUUAGCCGAGGGUGAGCUAGAGUAUCCAGGGGGACUAGCAGAAAGGGAGCGAGAGGGGAGUCUCCAUGAUGAGGAUCUAAGGGAGAGGGAGAGAGAGCAUGUCCCCUCAGCACCACGUGAUGACUUGGCCUAUGGCACCAUGCAGUUGGUGGAGGUUCGUCACAACUUCCAGGACACCCAGUUCCAGAACCCCACCUGGUGUGAAUACUGCAAGAAGAAGGUUUGGACCAAGGCGGCCUCUCAGUGUAUGAUCUGCGCCUAUGUUUGCCACAAGAAGUGCCAGGACAAGUGCCUCACUGAGAAUCCCUUCUGUGUGGCAGCAACUGAACGUCGCGGAGCUGACCCUGAAGCCAAAUCUACUAUAAACCGGGCCACCACUGGCCUAACGCGCCAUAUCAUCAACACCAGCUCCCGCCUGCUUAACCUCCGCCAGGUGCCCAAGACUCGGCUGGUUGAGCAGGUGGCUGAUGUGGUACCUGGAGUGGUGGAACCCUCGCCCAAGCAUACCCCCAAUACUUCAGACAAUGAGAGCAGUGAUACUGAGACCUACACCAGUGGUGCCAGCCCCUCAAAGCAGCCUGCUGGCAGUGGUAGCAGCAGUAAGCUUGUACGAAAAGAAGGUGGGUUGGAUGACAGUGUGUUCAUUGCUGUGAAGGAGAUAGGCCGUGACCUCUACCGGGGGCUUCCCACAGAUGAACGCUCCCAGAAGCUUGAGUUGAUGCUGGACAAGCUGCAGCAGGAAAUUGACCAGGAGCUGGAGCACAAUAAUGCACUUCUGCUGGAGGAGAGGGAGGCCACAGAUGCCCGGCGCAAGGCCCUAAUUAGUACUGCCCUGGCCAAGUCUGGGGAGAGACUCCAGGCCCUCACCCUGCUAAUGAUCCACUACCGAGCAGGCAUUGAGGACCUGGAGUCAGUGGAGAGCACUUCUCCUUCAGAGCAGCAAGGCUUUAAAGGCAAAGGAGAAGCCCUGGAGGAAGAGGCCCUGAUGGGAGCAGAGGUCUAUGACAGUGACAUAUGCAGCCCUGUGGAGGUGCAGCUGCUGGACGACAUUACUGAGGAGCAGAUCUGUGUCGAGGCACUCCACUAAAUAAGACUAGAAAAAAGAAAGAGGAGGAACAAGUGCUUUGGGCUCAGGCCUCCCAGCAAAUGUAUGUCCAGUUUGUUAUUUGAGAUUGGGAAAUUUCAGAACUGCGUUUUAAAUAUGGGGGAUAUUGGGGUUUUAUUUUACAUGAAAAAGAACAGAUGGGUAAAGGAAUUUCCUCCCUAAGGAUUCAUGGUAAACCUGUUAUUGAUGUUUU